AUGGUGAAUCAUACUGUCAGUGAAGCGUGUACAAAUUAUUUUGAGCAUGCUAGUGAUAUGGAAGACAAUAUUGAUACUUUAGCGUCUACAACUACAAAUAUUACAGAAAAUAACAGAUCAAUGAUGUUAUCAUCUACAUCGGAUACACUGAUGGCACCUCCUUUACCUCCACAGCAUAGUAAAUCGCAUUCUUCUUCAUCACUUUCAACACCGGGUGGUGAUAAUUGUAAUAUAAAAAUACUUAUGGACACCAAUACUCGUCGAAGUGAUUGUAAAGAUGCCUCACAGAUAAUCAUUUCAGCUAUUGAUGCACAAGUGAAGUCUAUCAAUGAAAUGUUGUUAUACUUUUCAAAAUUAGUUAAAGCUGAGAAGACUGUUCAACAAGCUUUAUCAGAUUUAUUAAGUGAUCAAAAGGAAUCCAGUGGUUGUGGGAAUCAACGUACAAAUCCAAAUAUGCGUAAUUUAUUCAGAGGGAAUUCUCGUCGACGUGGACGUUUAACAAUGAAUAUUUUAAAUAAAAACUCCUCAUCGAAUACAGCUACUGAUGGAGAACUGAACAAACUUUUACAAAAUCUUGUCAUCUCAACAAAUCAUCAAGUACGCAUGUAUUCAACACGUGCACUAUUUCAUAAAUUAAUAACAGCUGGCCAGUUGGAUAGUUUAAAUAAUUGUGAACAAUGUUUAAAGCGAACUUACAUGGAAUGUGAAGAGGAACUGAAAUCUCAAGCUCGUCAGUAUAUAUUGAGUUUGAAAGCCUAUGAGAAGAAAUAUAUCAAGUAUACUGGCCAACUAUCUAAUAUACAAUUGAAAUUAACAAAUCUAUGUGAUAAACAUUAGCAUCGAAAUGCAUCAGUGUAGAAGAAGAAAAAAAGAAAAUCUGAUGUGUUCUAAUUCAAAAAAAGUAGCUAUGUGUAUUCUUUGUUUAAAUGAGUUACAAGCGAGAAACCGUUCAAUAUGUUCAAUGUUUCAACGUAUAUCGGUGGUCUAUGGAGAAUAAAAUAUACAAAUAUAUAUUCUUCAUCUUCUCGUUUUGUAUCUUUUUGUCUUUUCUAAUCAACACACUAAAAUGUAUCAUAUUACAUGGAUCUAUCAAUCUAUCUACCUUCUUUAAUUUCGCUUCAAAAGUAUUGCCAUUGAAAGAAAUUUUGGUAAUACUUGUCAAAGAUGAUGAAUUGUUAUGUUUAUGAUGAUAUAAACGUAAUACACAUAGUGUGUUUGUACGCUUUAAAUUCAUCUAGUUAAGGAAUGAUGUCAAUUGUUGAGCUAUUUUACACUAUAUUUCAUAAGACAAGUUAUCUUCG